AUGUUGGAAAGGUGGAGACCAGAGACCGAUACAUUUCACCUACCAAUAGGUGAAUGUACCGUCACGCUAGAGGAUGUGUACAUGUUACUGGGUCUCCCUGUCGACGGUAAGGUCGUGAACGGGUCGGUUCAACAACCCAAUUCUCAGUGUGAAGAAUUGUUGGACAGGGAUAUGGUUGAAAGUGGUGGUGCGAGAGGUCAGGGAAUACUACUCACUAAGCUUAAAAAUCAUUAUGCAAGUUUGGAAUUAAACAUAAAUUCCUCCGAGCAAGACAGGGUAGUAAAAGCCAGAACUUAUCUAAUGAUACUAUUUGGUACACUUUUAUUUCCCGAAAGUACGGGAAAUAGUGUAAAUUUUAUGUAUUUAUAUUUACUUAGAGAUUUUGAAAAAACAAGAAAGUAUAGUUGGGGUUCUGCAGUUUUAGCCCACCUAUACAGUUCCUUGUGCAAAAAUGCAGUCAAGGAAAAAUGUACAUUUUAUGGCUGCACUUUUUUACUACAAGCCUGGGGUUGGUGGAGGAUGGAGUCCUUAAACCCCGUCAACAACAACACUUUCGUUUUUCCGUACGCAACAAAGUAA